UGCCUUGCACAUCACUUUCACGCUUGUGCAGUGCUGCAUGGAUGUGCGGGUGUUUGACGGCGGGUUUUUCAGGGCCGUGAUGAUGGAGGAGGGGGAGGGGCGGGAUGCACAUGAUGCACAGAUUCUGAGGAAAUAAACGAGGAGAACGCCGUGGAAUUGUGACGAGACAUCAGAAGCGAGGAGGAGGAGGAGGAGGAGGAGGAGAAGAGCAGUCGUUGUUCAUCUGCACAGGAGCCCGGCAUCUUCCGCCAUGGGCUGCUGGCUCUCGGGACCGUGGGUGGGCGACGCAGCACAAAGUAGCGGGCGCAGCCUGGCACACCUGAGCCAACGCGACGCGCUGCGCAUCCUCGCAGCCAGUCAGCUCCCCGUCACCAUGCAGGUCAAAAGUCAGAGGGGCCGCGGCGGUGUGGAGGCGGACCCCCGGGGCACCUGGGAGCCCCUGCCGCUCAACCUGCAGCACCUCAACCUGCCCCUGCCCAGGAUGCCGGCGGGGCUCAACGCUCCCAGCCCCACCUAUCAAGACAGACAUUAUUUUGGCCACCUGUCUCUGCCGCAAGAUCACUACGACGGAGGACACUACGGCUACCUGUCCAGCUCUCCAAUUGACACUGUGGACAUGAGCCACCAGGACCCGGAAGCGAGUGGCCGGCGAGCCAAGGGGCAGAACUGCCUGUUAGGAUGUUGCAACAUCAACCUCGAUGAGCCCAAAGGAUACCACAGCCAGACGGACGAUGACGACUACAUGCUGGACAAGCCCAUGGGCUUCCUGCCCCUCCACCACGAGCUGGAUAGCGGCCUUGGCUGGACCGACGGCUCCCUCCACCAAGGCGACCUCUCCGGGCUGGAGACGGAGGAGGCCGGCUUGGAGGAUUGCCACUCCCACGGAGCCUUGGGCCCCGGCGGCUGCGGGGCCUUUGGACCCGGCGGUGGGGGCUCGCCUUCCUCAGAGUCCUUCAUCUCGUCGGAGCUCAGCGACUCGGGCUUCUACAGCACCGGCGAGUUCCGCCACUUCCAGAGGAUGCUGGAGAAGCGCAUGCGGCUGUACAACGCCAGGCUGCAGCACCAGGGAGAGACGUGCGAGAGGCGGGAGCGUCGUGACAGCUGCCCCAUGAGCCACCGCGAGCUGCUGGAGGCCAUCCCCGAGACGCUCACCAUGCAGCCUCCGUGUCAGCACAUGCAGAUGGAGAUGGAGGAGGCCGCUGGGUCCGUCUUGGAUGUGCCGAACCGGGGACUUUUCAGGGUGUCAUCAGUCCAGUUCCACAAAGCCGACCGGCCCUGCCUGAACCGCCACAGCUCCAGCAGCGGGGCUCUCUUCAACCCCUCCCACGGCCACACGGCCACGCCCCGACUGAGCGGCCCGGUCCUCUCCACCUGCAGUACGCCCUCCAGCCACCGGAGGCCGCUGGCUCCCGUGCAGCCGCCGCACCACCAGGGUUCCAGCUCGCUGGGGAUGCUGAGGAGAAGCCGUACCCUGCACCAUCGCCCCCCGCAGCAAGAGUACCGACGUCGGGCCAGCCACCCGGCCUCGCCCUCCUAUUGCGCCGCCACCCUGCACCACUGCGGAGGGGUCCCGCCUCAUGGCGUCCUGCAGCCGGGCCUACCGGAGGAAACCGAGAUGGGGGCGGACGUGAUGGCUUCCCCUCUCUCUGCACAGCAGCACCCAGUGCACAUCCGGGUGCCCAGCACCCACGAGUUGCAUUACAACGCCAGCCCCAACGCCCACCACGACUGGUGGCAGCAAAUGAGCUUGAUGCCCGACCCGCUGGUGGCGGAGCGAGACGAGCAGUUGGAAAGGCAACAAAUGGAGAAAAAUCUGGAGAGGGAGGCGCAGAUUCAAGAGGAGGCGGAGCGAGAGAUGCAAAGGAGUCGAGCAGCCAGGGAGCAGCAGCACCUCCAGGGGGCGCUCCACCACGCCCAGCCGGGGGACAUCAACGACACGUGGCCCAAGCCGGCAAGUCGCCAGUCCCAGGGUGGCGGAGGAGGAGCCCGAGGCCUUUACAGCACCCUCGAGGGCCACACAGGAGCAAACCCGACCUCUGCUUUGGAUGCAAACAACGACCAACCGGAUGCACAGCUGCCGACUUCCGGUCCGCAAACCAAACCCAGCACAACCUCCCGGGUGUCCAGGAACCAGCUGUUGAGGGAUCGGGCGUCGCAGCUGGCCGAUGAGCGCAGUGGGAUGAGCACGGACGAAGAGACCAGUGCCGACAUGCUGCUGGGUCGCUACUGGAGCCGGACGGAGAGAAGAGAACACUUCCUGCUGGCCCGCGAACAGAAGCAGCAGCAGGCCAGGGGAGGGGGGGCGUCCGGCUUGGGGUCCGGGCCACCCCGCUCCCCCGUGCCGGAGGCCCGGGCGGGCGGCGCGAUGACGGACGCGCGCUGCAACACGGUGCUGGAGAUGAGCCAGAGGAAGCUGAGUCGUCUGAGGAACCGCAAGAUGUUGGAUGACUGGACCACGGUGGAGGAGCUGCUGACCCACGGGACCAGACUGGACAGCCACGACCAGCCCAUGCUGUGCGCCAGCCCCCUGCUCACCGUUACCACCGUCUAGAAGCGGGCUUCUCAAACCUUUGGGGCCCAGGGACCCCCACACGGGGAAAACUUUUCCAAGGAAGUCUAUUGUAAGCCACCGAAACAUAACCAUGCCACAGGAAUGAAAAAUUGACAUAGUUCCCCAGAAAAAAAUGCUGGAAUUUUCAUCCUGACCAUCCUGACAAAAUAUGAUAAGGUAUCAUAUUUUGUCAGGAUGAAGUCCUAAUCUUACGAGAAUACAUUUUUCAAGAUGAAAUAUUUUUUGGUGAAGACAAAGUUUUAACGAGUGCAUUUCAGCAGUGCAAUUCCUUCUCACAAUUUGACAUGAUUAAUUCCAGAAAAGAUGCCGUUUUAGUCUACUAAAAUGGGAAUACGUCCCCGCAAAAAAAUCGCCGACAAAAACGACACGACUGCGUACCCCCACAUCGUUUUAUUUCUUAACUCUUUGUUAUUUACUGCACUUUGACUCAGGCCUUGUCUCAUAUUAAAGUGUUGCUUUGGCACCGUCCGAUGUCAUUUUGGUGCAGAGGAACUAUGUUGAAGUGAGGGGAGGAUCGUCAUUGACACAGGCCAGCUCCCUGUCAAAAAGAGAAAUAGUGCUUUGCUGCCAUCUUGUGGCAUCUGUUGGCAAAUAUUCAUCUGUUUGGGGUAGGCAUCAAUCAGAUUUUGAUUAUUUGAAACAGGUUGCAUCUUCUCGAAAAAAGAUUUUCUUGACUGAGUUUUUAAUUGGCCCAAAACUUACCUAGGGCGGAAUAUUUGGUUUUGAUGUUUGUUUUUUUUGGCCGCCCGUGCCCAUUUGAAGGCGGACACUUUUUUUCCAAGUGACUUUUUUUGCAAAUUAUUUUGCGGACCCCAAUCUACAGCUCGCUGACCCUGGAGGGGUCCCCGGGUCCCAGUUUGAGAACCCCUGCCCACAUCGAUGAACUCCGCCGUCCUUUGCAGUGAGUGCACCGCUGCGCAUGCGGGCGUCCUAUCACGGCGCACGGGUGUUCCCGGAACUACAACAGCACUGUUGUUGACCGAAUUCACAGAAGCACGCAGCGCAAAUCCCCCCGAGGGUACAAAACCUUUGGUCACCUUUUUCACCUUUGCGCUUAUUCCAUUCCUGAUCCCUAAUUGGCAACAUGGCGUCCACACAAUUGUGACUUCCAACUUCCGAUGUGACUUUGUAUGGGGAAAACACAAUAACACAAAACCGCUGCCCUUUUUCCACCCUCCCUACUGGCAGUCAGGCUGUUCCAAACCUUACCAGCACACAAGCGGACUGAAGCUUCUUCUACACUGCCUGUGACAGCUGUGAUUUGUCCGGCUUUUUUCCCGCGUGUCCUGUUCCGUAUAAACCGCACGAUGCAACCAAACGAGAUGGCAAAGUCGAGCCGGGCAAUAUUUGCACCCAGUAACGGAGGCAAGGUGACGCCUUUCAGUCCGUUUCCGACACUUAUUGUAUUGCAAGCAAUUCUUCUUCCGAAGACUGUGAUGCUUACCAACCUAAAGUGGGUGAAAUUUCGUCGUCUCGCGGCACAAUAGUGUUUUGAAAUCACUGACGGAGGCAAAUGUCAUUCAACCCCCCGAGUGGGGCACAAUCGGAGAGUUUAUUCUCCAGAAGGUUGCCCAAGUCGGACGUGGCUUGAUAUUCACACAGAGCGUCAGCAGCAGGACAUUGCUGCGUCCAAGGUGUGCAUUAACACAGCAUCACACUGCUUUCCUGCGUCGCGAGCCUCGGUUGUGAAACUUCACGCAUACACCCCGCUAGUUUCCCAACUUGUAUGGAAUCGAGGCAAAUAUGUAUGCAGCACAUCUGGCUCUACGCAGCUGCUCCGUCACACAUUAUAGCCGCCCACACGUUUACUGACGAUGCACAGACGGAAAGGAUUUGCGUCCUACUCUCUGGAAAUAUGCCCAGUCAGCAGGUCAAGCGUGCGGGCUCAAAGUGCAAUAAUACCUCAGUCGCAGUGCUGUAAUUUUUAAGGCAGACAGGAACAAAAAAGAUGCACAAAGACCCUUGUAGAUGUUUACAUAUCGAGGGGGGGACCUAAGAAAACAGCCCGUUUUUGCACAUUUUCUAAAAAAAAAAAAAUAUACGGACUCAAAAGAGGUUUUCCCUACCUAUCGCUCUCUCACAGGGACCGAGGCCAGUGGAUGACUGUGGAUCACAGGUCUCAAACUCCAGUCCUCGCGGGCCACGAGUCGGCAUGUUUUCGACAUUCGCCUCUUCUAGCGCGGCGCAUUCAAAUGGUCAGGAUCGUGAUCAGGCUGCCGCAAAGCUUGCUGAUGAGCUGAUCAUUUGAAUCAGGUGUUUUGGAAGAGGGAGACAUCGAAAACAUGUUUAUGACCGAAGCUGUAGAUAGAACACAGACUGUGUGUGCGCGUGUGUGUUGAUGUUUUAUUGAUCAACUCUCAUUCAAAAAAAAACAAAAUCUUGACGUGUUUGAACAUAUUUCAAUAUUUUUCUUACGGUACUGCAUUUGUUUUGGUAAUCUUGAAGAGUUUUAUUGCACAUUGUAUGGUAUCCAGAAAGCCUCUGAUUUUUUUUUCUUUUAAGUGAACACAAUUUGUGUGAUUAUCCAUGUCCCCUAAUUAAAGCUGACUGUUGUUUUGUGGUCACACG